GACCGGGCCGGACGUGUGCUUCUAUUGGGAGAGGCGAUUUCCUCCGCGUAAAUGCCAACCGAAUGUUUUCGUCUGCUUCCUUCCGACCUUUUCACCCCGCUUCUGCGCGGAAACUCACCGACGCACUCCUUCCAAUCUCCCCUCCCUCUCGCGAUCGCUGUGCCAGAGAUUCCGAUCGCCCGAUUCGGCCUGUUCUCCUGCCUCUUCCGACCAGUCUCUAUCCCGCAAUAUCCAGUUUCCAGAGUCGAGCAGCUACAAGCUUAUCACUAUUCUCUCCGACGACGCAGUUCCGUCGCAGAAGGAUUAGAUCCCAGGAGCUGCUAAAAUGAAUCGGAAGUUUCCAAUUUUUAGGGGUGCUCAACCGCCACCACCUCAGUCAAAUUUCCAAGAAACUCCAACACAAUCUAGGUAUCCUCCAUCAGUAAAUUCAUCUUCACAAGCUUCAACUCCAAGCGAUUCUUUUGGUGGUAGUGCUCGUCAAAGGACUUACAGUCACCCCCAGUCACCAUCACAUGGGCAGCCAUCACCUACUGAGGCUGCUGGUAUAAUUGCUCAGUUGAAGAAUAAAAGUGUUGAUGAACUGAGAAAGCUUUUAACAGACAAGGAAGCAUAUGCUACCUUUUUUAAUUCUCUUGACCUAGUAAAAAUUCAGAAUAAUCUAAGAGAUGAACUUCAGAAGGAGACAUUGCAACUUGCUAAGGAGAACUUAGAAAAGGAACCUCAAAUCUUGGAGCUUAGGAACCAGUGCACUGUUAUCCGGACAUCUGAGUUGGCAGCUGCUCAAGAGAAAUUAACUGAACUAGAGAGGAUAAAAGAAAAAACUCUGAGACGUUGUUCGCCCUCAGGACUGCUGGAAAAGCUUCAUGAGGGAAUGAAUGAAGUGGAUGAGGAAUCAGAGGUGCUACACCGACAGCUCCUCAAGAAGGAGAUAGAUCUUCCAACAUUUAUCCAAAAGUACAAAAAACUCCGCACUCUUUAUCAUAGGCGGGCACUACUUCAUCUUGCAGCCAAGACGUCCAGUCUUACAUCGUAGGUGCUAUCAUACAUAUUCUAUUUCUUGUACCGGCAGAUUUUCAAAGUUUUUUCUCCUGCAAACUGCUCCCACUUGGUUGUAAUUACAACUACUUUUGUGAUUGUUUAUACAUUUUGCUGUUUUGUAAUGAAGAGACGGUCCACACGUUAAACAUCAUUCUCAUGUUUAUCAUCA